UUUCUCUUUCACAAGUGGCAGCCGGAAGAACAACACGUACCAUUCACAGUAGUGGACAUCCCCGGUAAAGGCAAAGGGGCAGUUGCUACACGAGACAUACCGCAAGGAGAGUUGAUUUUCCGAGAAAGGCCUCUCUUCAUAUUGCCAGCACAAGGGUCUCCAGGCUCCGUGAUCCUGUCCGCGCUCGCGAGCCUUUCCCCGCGUCAGCACGAUGCAUUUUACAACCUCUCAUAUGUCAAUUUUCCUGAUCACGUUGUCCCCAACAUGCCAUCAUACCACGAGGAGAUGGCUCUGGCCAUCUUCCAAACCAACGGCAUCUCCGCUGCAGAUGACGGCGUGGGACUCUUCCCCUCGACUGCACGCCUCAACCAUGGCUGCUCCGGAGCGUUCAACGCAGUUUACAACUGGCGUCCGUCUGAAGCUACUUUGGUAGUCCAUGCACUUAAAAACAUUAAAGAAGGCGAAGUGAGGACCGAUCGUGCAUCCCAGGAACUGCUGACCACAUAUCUCGAUACCAAGCGAUCGCGGGACUCCAGAAGGGAGAUCCUUCGUGCUCACUACGGAUUCACAUGCCAGUGCAGCGUCUGUUCACUACCCGAUGGCGAGUCCGAAAGGUCAGAUGACCGGCUCCGGAAGAUGGUAGAACUCUACGCGCGGCUGAGAACAUGGCAAAACGGCUCGCUGAGCGGUAAGCAAGCUAUCGACAUCGUGCGGCAGAUAUGGGCCAUCGGAGAACAAGAAGGCUACUGGAGCGAGCGCGGACAGCUCGCAUAUGACGCUACCUGGGUUGCGGCCGCGCACGCCGACCGGCAGGCGACGCGCGCAUGGGCUAAGCUCGCAAAAAAGUGGUACGCGAUUGAGCUUGGGCCGGACAGCGAGCAUGCGAGAAAAAUAGACGAGGUAGUCACUGACCCUGAAAGCCUGAGGUACAAGAUGAGUACGACGAGGAGACCUGAGAACGUGGGGCUCCCCGAUACGCGGUUGGGCUGA